AUACUGGUAUUUAUUCUCUUGUCUCUGUUCAUAGAUGGCAAAAGCAGAUCAACGCUUUGGGCAAAGAGAUGGAUCUGAUCAAAACUUCGACUACAUGUUCAAACUCCUGAUCAUUGGCAACAGCAGUGUAGGAAAGACCAGCUUUUUAUUCAGAUAUGCAGAUGACUCUUUUAGCAACUCUUUCGUCAGCACGGUCGGCAUCGACUUUAAGGUGAAGACGGUUUACAGGAACGACAAGAGAGUGAAGCUCCAGAUAUGGGAUACAGCAGGACAGGAACGGUAUAGAACUAUUACUACUGCUUACUAUAGAGGAGCCAUGGGCUUCAUCCUCAUGUACGACGUCACAAAUGAAGAGUCCUUCAAUGCAGUGCAGGACUGGGCAACACAGAUUAAGACCUAUUCAUGGGAUAAUGCUCAGGUGAUAUUAGUGGGGAACAAAUGUGACAUGGAUGAAGAGAGGGUGGUGCCUUUUGAGAAGGGGAAACACUUGGCCGACCAGCUAGGGUUUGAGUACUACGAAGCUAGCGCCAAGGAGAACAUCAACGUCAGACAAGUAUUUGAGCGUUUGGUUGACAUUAUCUGCGUGAAGAUGUCAGAGAGAGUGGAUACGGAUCCAUCCAUGGUCACCGGUGCCAAAACCACCCGGCUAACCGAUAAGCCACCCCAGCUACCUCAGAAUUGUUGCUGAUUUCCAUCUCAACUCAUCAGCUAACUUAUCAGCAGCGGAUCUGAUGGUGUUUGAUGUUCUGUUAUAUGGCAAUUAGAACCAAUCUUGGGUGCGUUUCAUAGUAUGAUGCGUUUUAGGAAAAACUUAACUAGCCAGUGACAAUAUCGUAGUAACAUGGUCGCACCUU